AUGGUCCUUGUGAUGGUGUUGAGUACUUUCCCAAGAAGGGUUAUGCAUUGCUGCCUCCCUCCCUUACCUACUUGCGGAUAUAUGACUGUGCAAGAUUGCACGGGGCUUCUCCACCUCACUUCCCUGCAAAAAUUAACAAUUAAAUACUGUCCCAAGCUUGAGAAUAUAGUGGGAAAAAGGCUGCCUGCUGCUCUAAUAGAACUUAAUAUCUCUGCAUGUCCUUUGCUGAAAGAACAAUACCGCGUGAAAUACCCGCAAACUUCCCACAUCCCUGGCAUUGUAGUUGACGAAAAAUGGAUUUAG